UAUGAUUUAAUAUCCUGAUCUAGAUAAACCAGUUAGUAAUUAUAAGUAAGCAUGCAAAUUACAUAGUUAUCCUCCUCUUGAUGAAAAUGCUUAAGCAAUUUAAAUAGGAUAACCUAUAUAAGCAACCUAAUGGUCGAAUAAUUAAGCGAAUUGGAUUCAAUAAGGAAAUUUUGCAUAAAAUAUUCCUGCAAUUCCAAUUACUCAAUAUCCUAGUUCUUUAUAGUAUAGGAGCUUUGGUAAAGUUUAAGACUUGAUGAAUAGGAGAACUUGAUAAAGAGAAUCUUCCUCCUUAUUCUUUAAAUAUUAGAUGUCCUGAAUGUGCUGGUGUAAUUUAAACAAAGUUAGCCUAUGUUCCAGGAUGUCUUUCUUUUAGUUUAUGUUUAACAAUGUGUGCUUUUGGGUUAUUUUGUGGGUAUUAUUAAAAUGAUUGUUUAAUAAUUAGUUGUUGUUUAAUACCAUUCUGUAUAAAAUCUUGCAAACGUUAAGUACAUUAAUGUCCUUUAUGUGAAAAAGUAUUGGGAGAGGUGAAAUGACA